AUGUCUCGUGGCGGACUAUUCAACUCAUCUGAUUCGAGCUCGUGGAGCAAUAUUGGCAAUUAUUCAAUGGGACUCGAGAUGAACCUGGGCUACAGCGACAAUGCUACUUAUGGACAUGACACAGUAGCUCUCGGAGUUAGUGAAGCCACUGGAUCUCCUAACCUAGACUCUCAAGUUGUUGCUACUUUCGAAUCGACUGGAGUGGUCAGAUCUCUGACACUUGGAAGCUACGACUCAUCACGACUUGUUCUUAGUAAUGUCUCCUUUUCUCUAGCCCCCAACGUCUCACGGGACCUUGUUGUUGGCCUGCAAUCAAUAACCGCCAAAUAUGCGAACGGCUCCGCAGUAUCGCUUCAGUCAGAGCCAAUCUGGACCUUCAUUGAUUCAACCAUCCCUUACAUUUAUUUGCCGCUCGAUGCGUGUAAAUUAUCUGAAAAAACGUUCGGUCUGAUCUGGAAUACGACACAUCAGAAGUACUUCGUCGACGAUAUUCUGCAUGAAAAUCUUGUAGAAGAAAGCAGUAACAUUACAUUCACAUUGGGGACUUCUGAGAUUGGAGGAUCAACCGUUGAUAUCUGUCUACCUUAUUCGAGUUUCGAUCUUGUGAUGGACGACCCUUUAGUCCCCAGCAGUCUUAGCGGUAUACGGUAUUUCCCGCUCAUGAGGGCUGCAAACCAAUCUCAGUAUACGCUUGGUAGAACAUUCUUGCAGGAAGCCUAUGUCAUUACCAAUUACGAGCAGUCCAAUUUCUCUGUCUUCCAGAGCAAGUUCGAGGAUGGGGCCAAGCCAGAUAUCGUAGCAAUACCUCUAGCAAGCACAGCAGUCGUACCACUGAAAUAG